AUGCCUAUACAUACAUAUCAAGCGUAUAAGUAUACACGCAUGGACGGCGUCACAGACGCUUCUUCUCUCCCAGAAAAGGUCCUCCUCAGCUCCCUCAUCACCCACUUGUUUUCCUCUUUUCACGCCGGAGACACUUCCCUCGGACAUAGACUCAAGCUUGCCUGUUUCCGCUGCUUAAGUUAUCGAAAAAGAUCCGAUUCUGAGACAUCUCCUUACGGUUAUGGAGUUCAUGAAACUGGUGAAAACCGCCGCACCUGCCUUGGCUUUGGUGGAGUGUAUGUUCAAGAACAGCUACUUUGUUCCUUUGUAACCUGA